GGGUUGAGGCCAUGUUCUAGAUUCUUCCAUCCUCAGAACCCUCCAGACCUCUCUCUUUACUUCCUCUCUCCCUCUUUUAACCAUCCUCGCCUCCCCCAGCAUUCCCAAUCUCCCCAAGCUCCGGGCUUUCGCGUUCUCUUCCUUCGAAUUCGCCUACCCAAAAGCACCGAACGCCGCCGCCGCCACCACCACCACCGCCGAUGGCGAAGUACGGCGAGGGGGACAAGAGGUGGAUCGUGGAGGAGCGGUCCGACGGCACCAACGUCCACAACUGGCACUGGUCCGAGACCGACUGCCUCGAGUGGUCUCGCAACCUCCUCACCAAGCUCCUCUCCGACCUCACCCUCCUGGAUGGCGAGGGCAACCUCUUCGUACGGACCAAGAAGGUCGAGAAGGUCGACGGCGAGGCCUACGUCAAUAUCCGCAAGGGGAAGAUCAUCCCCGGCUACGAGAUCAGCGUCGUCCUCGCCUGGGAGGGCGAGGCCAGGGACUCCGACGGGAAGUCCCUGCUGAAGGUCGACGGCACGGUGGAGAUCCCGUACAUUGCCGACGAGAACGCCGACGAGGACCCCGAGGUCAAGGUCCUCGUCAAGGACGACGGGCCGAUCGGGAGGAGGUUGAAGGAGGCGAUGGGGAGCAGGGGCAAGCCGGUGAUCUUGGAGAAGGUUAGGGUUUUCGUGGAGAGCAUGGCGAGGGGAGGCCCGGCGAGGGAAGAUUUGGAGACGAAGAAGGUGGCUCCAAUUCCAAAGAACCAGACGUCCUCACCAGCUGAAGCAGCUGCGCCUGCUGCUGCGGGGAAGAAGGAGGUGGCUGCGGCCCCUGAGAAGAAGGAGGUGAAGAAGAAGAAGAAGGAAGGCUUCAAGACGAUCAGCAUGACGGAGAAGUUCAGCUGCAGAGCGAGAGAUAUGUACGAGAUAUUGAUGGAUGAGAACAGGUGGAAAGGGUUCACGCAGAGCAAUGCGAGGAUAAGCAAAGAGGUGGGAGGAGAGUUUAGCAUCUUCGAUGGCUCGGUCACUGGAAGGAAUGUGGAGUUGCAGGAGGGGAAGUUGAUUGUGCAGCAAUGGAGGUUUGGGAGCUGGCCUGAUGGUAUUCACUCCACAGUAAAACUUACUUUGGAUGAGCCUGAAUCUGGUCUGACUGUUGUCAAGCUCACACACACUGACGUCCCUGAAGAAGACAGGUAUGGGAAUGCAACUGUGGUGGAGAACACUGAGAGAGGGUGGCGAGACUUGAUCUUUAACAAAAUACGGGCAGUUUUUGGUUUUGGAAUAUAACACUUGAAUAUUUUUUUCCUCCUCAAGUGUAGAAUUAUUACCAGGAUUUGUCCUUUUCAGUAAGGUUAUAGAUUGGAUGAGAUUGUAUUGACGUUAUUGAAUGUUUGAUCUUUUAACCUGAUGAACUGGUCCAUGCGACUCAAGCUUCUUGAAGAACCUGGAUGUCAUGCCUCGUGUUCCGUUCCAAUAAUGAAAUACUUUGAUCGUGCACUC